UGGAACCUUCCUUUUGGUAUUUAAGGAAGCAAAGAACACAAACAAACAAUCAAAAACAUUCAUAAUGAAUUCUUCUCAUUCCAACUGCUCAUCACCGGAGUUCUCCCACAAUGAUCUCCUUCCAUUCAACGAAAACGAUUCACAAGAAAUGCUUCUUUUCGGCCUCCUAACAACCGGCUUCAACACCACAUAUUCGAACAAAGUUAGCUCAACACCACCCACCAAAACCGCCGCAUUUAGAGGCGUUAGAAGGCGGCCAUGGGGGAAGUUUGCAGCGGAGAUAAGGGACUCAACAAGGAAUGGAGUAAGGGUAUGGUUGGGUACAUUUGAUAGCGCAGAAGCGGCUGCUUUGGCUUAUGAUCAAGCCGCUUUGUUGAUGAGGGGUUCGUCCGCGAUAUUGAAUUUUCCGGUUGAUAGAGUGAGGGAAUCUUUGCAUGAGAUGAUGGGUGGGAAGGUAACGGCGGUGGAAGGCGGUGGUUCGCCCGCGAUGGCGUUGAAGAAGAGACACUCAUUGAGGAUGAGAGAUGCACUUAGGAAGAGUAGAAGAGAUAGAAGAGAAAAGAAGGUGGUGGUGUUUGAGGAUUUAGGGGUUGAUUAUUUGGAAGAAUUGUUGACUUCUUCAAUAGAGCACAAGAGUUAGUUUAUUUGCAUUACAUGUUUACUUUUGUAAAGGGUUAAAAGUUGACAAUAUUGUUUUAGACUUGCACAAAAGAAUAAGAGCAACCCCAAGUCCCCAACUAUGGUGUUAAAAACCGUUAAAACUGACUGAACUGGUUAAACUGUCUCAAAUCAAUGGUUCGGCUCACGGGUUACGGUUUGAAAAACCGGAUUGAACGGUUCGGUAGAUGGUUUUUUUCUGGUAACCGGUGACAUAUGUAUUAUACAUUUUGAAGUUGAAGCAUUAUAUGUAAAGUGCUUGGGGUGAUAUGGUAAAAGCCCUUUAGUUACAUAUAAGUUCAAAUCUUACUGUACCUUUUUUUUCUUUGAUAAUUUAUUUUAUUUCAUUAACUUGCACUAAUGAGCUCGCAGUUUUCUUUUG